UAACCUUCUGUAACUUAUUGUUAGUUCCCAUGCAAAUCCUUUGAGUGCUCUUUGUUUUACGGAAAAAAUCUCCCAGGUAUUUCAUUAUAUUUAAUAAUUAUUCGACUGUAGUAUUCAAAAUUAGUCAACUCUAACCAGGAAAGCCAUAGCAUGGGUGCCGUUUUGGGCUUGUUUUCGGCAGCACAGCUUGCCUGUUGCUGCACCGGAACGGCGUGCUCGCUUUGCUGCUCACUAUGUCCGUCCUCACUGAAAUCCAAUUCAACGGCUACCAGGUUCAUGUACGCUUUGAUGUUGCUACUUGGCGCCAUUGUGGGAGCGAUCAUGUUAACACCCGGUUUACAGGACUUUCUCAGGAAAGUACCGUUCUGUGCAAACUCAACGUCCAGCGCUAGCAACCUUAUCCCAUCGGCUGAAACCAUCGAUUGUAGCUCUGCUGUCGGAUACUUAGCUGUUUACCGCAUCUGUUUUGCACUAUGUUGCUUUUUCGCAUUAUGGGCAAUCAUGAUGGUAGGAGUGCGUUCCUCAAAAGAUUCUCGAGCCGCUCUUCAAAAUGGUUUCUGGGGCAUUAAGUUCUUAAUUGUAACAGCUAUCUCAAUCGGAGCAUUUUUCAUCCCGGAGACUGGAUUCGGUCCAGCCUGGAUGUGGGUUGGCUUGUUUGGAGGAUUUGCUUUUAUUCUGGUACAGCUGGUAUACAUUGUUGACUUUGCUCACAACUGGGCUGAAGCUUGGGUCAGUAACUACGAAGAGGAGGAAUCCCGUGGCUGGUUUGCGGCUCUUUGUUGUGUCACUGGAUUACAGUACGCCUUGUCGCUGACCGGCAUCGCCUUGCUGUACGUCUAUUUCACCCAAGCCGAUGAUUGCUCGCUGAACAAAUUCUUCAUCACCAUCAAUAUGCUUCUUUGUCUGGCCGUGAGCAUCUUGUCUAUUUGGCCAAAGGUUCAGGAGUACGCCCCCAAAUCCGGAUUACUACAGAGCUCUAUGGUUUCUCUUUACACAAUAUAUUUAACUUGGUCUGCUGUAGCCAACAAUCCGGACGCUGAGUGCAAUCCUGGCUUUCUUGGCAUUAUCGGAGAUGCGAAGAAGAACAAUGUACACUUCGACAAGACAAGCAUCAUUGGACUGAUUAUCUGGAUGCUAUGCAUUCUGUACUCGUCGUUACGAUCGGCCAAUAAUGUUUCCCGUCUUUCGGAUCCGGAAAAGCAAGAUGAAAUGAAUUUAGCAGUUCUAUCAGCUACCCUCAGCGAUGAUGGUUCAUCUACAGGUGGUCGCGGCGAAGGAAACGAAGUGCGCGACAACGAAGAGGAAGCCGUUGCGUAUUCGUGGUCUUUGUUCCAUGUGGUCUUUUUCACCGCCACGCUUUACGUAAUGAUGACGCUUACCAAUUGGUAUCAGCCUAACUCAUCGUUGGAGACGCUGAAUGCAAAUGCCGCUUCCAUGUGGGUCAAGAUCAUUUCUAGCUGGUGCUGCGUCGGAUUGUACGCUUGGACCUUGGUCGCCCCAAUGGUUCUGACAGAUCGUGAAUUCAACUAAAUGCUAUUUAUAGGGUAAUAUGAUUACCGUAGUUGAUAAUCUCAUAAUGUAUCUUUGAACUACUAGCUGUUUGAUUAGGGAUCGAUACACAUUUAAAUGGUUCAACUUAAAUCUUCCCUGCAAUUUGAAGAAUGAGAAUCACGUGAUGGGUGAAGAAAAGAAGCUAGUAAAAAUGAAAGAAAACUUUUUGUCAACUAACGAACGAACGGUAGCUUAAAUUAUCUUUAUUUUAUUGAACAAGCUAUACUAGCUGUAUACAAUUAUUCACAACAUACUCUCAACUUGUAACACGUAAAUAAUAUUCCAAAAGUUCAAGGAAAUAAACAUUUAUCCUUCUUUCAAAA